AGUGCGGGCAAGAAAACCCUGCCCUGCAACCCCGUAAGACACAAUCAAGUCUAGGUUGCAACUUUCGGCCCCCCAGACCAAAACACAUUCCCAUCCCUACACACUCUCUCACCCACUACGCUCUCGAUGUGGAUAGAGGGUCUCCAGCUGGAAAGGUGCUUCUGCCGGAUGCUCUCCGGCCAGAAUGAGAGGCUGGAGUCGCGCGGAGGCGCAAGGGAUGCAGGAGAAGGCGGGAGCGGAGCCGAAGAGGCAGCCAACGAGGCUUGGGCUCGGAAACAAGCGGGAAAGGGCGGGAAGGGGCAAAGGGCGGCCAAGGAAGGCGAAAAGGGGAAGCUACAGCAGGGCGGGAGCGGGCGGAGGGGCGGGACGCGGUGGGGAGCGCGGGGGCGCGGGAAGGGGAAAGAGACCGGAGCUUGGGCCGACCCAGGCCGCGGAUGCCGAGGGGGCGCGGAGAGGCCCCGGCCCGGCCCGGCCCGGCCCAGGCAGUCAACGCCGGGGGGGACGACGCGACGAGAGGCGGGCGGGCCCAGGGGAAGCCGCCCGAGGCCAGUCCGGGCCCACAGGCCGAAACGCGAUGCCGCGGCCCCUCCCCGUCAUGUCAAGGGACUCACCUCCUCGCAGCUGGGCGCUCCGGGAAUCCGGUCCCGUCAGUUCAGAUCGUCUCUCGCAGAUCGCAGCGCCUGA